AUGCUUAUAAAAGCGAAUCCAGCAGUAAUUGAGACAAUCGAUCCAAAAGGUUUAAUUAAAAGUCGAGAAAUUAUUCAAGGUGGUGAUGCAGGUGGUGUUUAUGUACCAAAAAGAAUUGGAAAUGAAGAUCCCAAUUUGCAUUAUGGUGUAGUAAUUGAUUGUGGAAGUAGCGGAUCAAGACUUUAUAUUUAUAUAUGGCCAGAACAUUCAGGAAGAGAAAAUGAAUUAUUACAAAUAAAACAAUUACUUGAUAAAGAUGGAAAACCAGUUGUAAAGAAACUUGAACCAGGUCUUUCAUCAAUGGUAAAAACACCAGAAAAUGCAACUGAAUAUUUAAAAUCAUUAUUAGAUUUUGCUGCAGAAACUAUUCCACCAGAUAAACAUCGUGAUACUCCAUUAUAUAUACUUGCAACAGCUGGUCUUCGUUUUCUGACGCCAAAUCAACAAAAAAAAUUACUUGAAGAUUUAUUUAAUGAUAUUGUUCGAGAUUAUCAUUUUCUAAUUGAAAAAACUCAUAUUCAAGUUAUUCCUGGAAAAUUAGAAGGUAUUUAUAGUUGGAUAGCAAUUAAUUAUGUACUUGGUCGUUUCCAAAGUAAUAGUACCGAAUCAAUAUCUGUAACUAAUGGUCAAACAAUAUCUAUCUCAAAAAAACGACCAUCAACGGUUGGUAUUCUUGAUAUGGGUGGUGCAUCGGCUCAAAUAGCUUUCGAAGUUUCACCAGAUACACCAGUCGAAGGUGAAGAAAUAGCAGAAUUUUCUUUAGGUUAUGAUGAAAAUCAAAAUGUAUUUAAAUAUAAAAUAUAUGUUACAACAUUUCUUGGUUACGGUGCAAAUAAAGCAUUUGAUAAUUAUAUUGAACGAAUCAUUUCAAUAGGUCUUAAUUCUUCAACAUCAAAUUCAUCUCAUAUUCUAAUUGAUGAUGCUGAUUGUUUACCUCGUGGUUAUUCAGCAAAUUAUACACGAAAUAAUAAAACGAUAACAAUAAUUGGUGAAGGUGAUUUUCAUAAUUGUUCAAAACAUUUAGUAACAUUACUUAAUUUAAAUGCAACAUGUAAACGAAAACCAUGUUCAGUUAAUGGAGUUUAUCAACCAAAAAUUAAUUAUGAAUCACAAGAUUUCUAUGGUUUUUCAGAAUUUUGGUAUACGAUGGAAGAUGUUUUAAAAAUCGGUGGACCUUAUGCACGUUUAGCUUUUCUCAAUGCUUCAAAUAAUUAUUGUAAUUCAAAAUGGGCAGAUAUUCGACACUGGUAUGCAAAUAAAUCAUUUCCAAAAGCUGAUUUAAAUCGCGUUCUAUUACAAUGUUUUAAAUCUGCCUGGCUUUAUGCAUUCCUUCAUGAUGGUCUUAAAUUUCCUGUUAAUUAUCAACGCUUGCGUUCAGCUUCAUUGGUUAAUAAUAAUGAUGUUCAAUGGACAUUAGGUGCUAUUCUUUAUAAAACUCGUUUUCUUCCAUUAAGAGCAAUUAAUCAAGUGAAAAGUACAAUGCAUUAUCGACGAACACAUACAGAUUCAACAGCAAUGAUUAUUUUAAUAUGUUCAAUGUUAUUAAUAUGUGUAUUGAUAUUUUAUCGAAAAACAUUACGAGCUAAAAUUCGAUCAUCUUUUUAUCGUCGUAAUGGUCUUUAUUCAUCACCAUCAAGUAGUAAUUUUAAUCAACGUUAUCAAUUGUUAACAUCAGUUGUUAUUGAUGAUUCAUCAUCUUUUUCAAAAAUAUACACUAAUGGAAAACCAUUACAAAUAUCAUCAUCUUCAUAUAAUGAACGAUUAAGAAGUGUUUGA